AUGGGCAGCUUCACCUUCAAGUGGGAACAUCCCGCCGAAGAGGUUUACGUGACCGGCACUUUCGACAACUGGACCAAGAGCGUGAGGCUCGAGAAGGAGGGCGAUGUUUUCUCCAAGACUGUCGAACUGAAGGAGCCUGAGGGCAAGAUUUACUACAAGUUCAUCGUUGACGGCAACUGGAUCAUCAAUCAAUCAGCACCUAACGAGCCUGAUCUUGAGGGCAACGUGAACAACUUCGUUACUCCCGACCAAAUUGUCCGCGAAACUCCUGCCGCCGCUAUCCUUAAUACCGUGACGCUUACGUCCACAACUGCAGCUAUGGCUAGCGAACAACCUUUGGAGAACAAGCCCACCGAGUCUACGACUCUGGCCGAUAAGUCUACCCAAGAGGAAAAGCUGCCUCUCGAAACCCCCUCUGACAUUCCCGGUGGUUUCCCCAUCACCCCCGCGAACGAGCUCGACAAAGUGAUUGGUAUUAACCCUCUUCCUGCAUCCGAGGGUGCAGGAAAUCCCAUCAAGCUUGAACCCGGCGAGAAAAUCCCCGAGUCCAUCACCGCUCAAAACAUCGAUUCUCAUGUGAAGCUGGACAACGAUUCUUAUGAAAAGAGCGACGCUUACCCCGGUAUUGAGACCGAGCUUCCUCCUGUUUCCUCUAACACUAUUCCCGAGUCCAGCCUCCCCAUCAUUGGUACGGAUGUUCUCGCCUUCAACUCUGCUGCACCUACAGCCACUACCGCCGGUCUUGCUGCUGAUGUUCCUCUGGAGUCCAAUGGCGCUUUCGUUCCCGAGGUGGUGAGGGAGAGCCAGGAGAAGGCCAAUGCUGUAACUGAGGCCAGCACAGACCCUACAGAGGUCAAGGAGAAGACUAUGGUCGAGGAGGAGCUCAAGGGCACUGUUCCCGAGGCCCCCGCAACCUCAGUAGGCACCGCUGGUGUUGGUACUGAGAAGUCGGAGAACACUCCUGACACUAGCCUCGCCGCUUUGGCCGCCACUGCCGGAGGUGCUGUCAUUGCCGCUGGUCUCGCUGCCAAGGAGUCAGUAGAGGAGAAGGCUAUUCCUGCCCUUAACAACGCUACCGACGCCAUCGCCGAUACCGCCAACAAAAACCUGCCCGACUCAGUUAAGGAGCAGCUUCCUGUCACCGCUCAGGAGACUCUUGCUGCCAAGAACGAGGAGCAGAUCCGAAAGGAAGUCUCUCCCGAGGUUCCUGUCGAGGUCAAGGAGUCCCUAAUCGAGGCUGGAAAGGCUCCCGAAGCUGCCGCCAACACUGAGGCUGUCGAGGAGAAGAAGCUGGUUGAAGCCGAGCUUCUGAAGGAAGUGAAGCCUGUCACUGGCAUUUACGAUUCUGUUGUUGAGCAGGAGCAGCCCAAGGAGCAGUCUAAGCAGGUCUCUCCUGAAGUUCCCGUCGCG